AUGUUCCCAAUAAUUCGUGAAAAUGCUGCGAUUCAACAAAAUAGAUUUUAUCCUCAUAUAUUGCGGUGGUUUCAUGUCAGGAGGUUGAAUUGGGAAGGAGUUUGCGAUGUUUUCAAUGUUGACGAGGACGAGGCGCAUCAACCCAAAAGAAAAAUGAUUGCCUCAGAUGUGGAGUGCUCUACUCCAAAUUAUUUUUCAUAUAUUACUAGUUUGAAGGUCGAAUCGUCUGAAGUCCCUUCGUCUGUACGUUUCAACUUUAGAAAAAAUGGGGCAUCUUCGUCUGAUCUAUCCUGUGAAAACAACCAUUCUACCCGGUCCACUGAACGAACUCAUACGGUGGGAAUUAACAAAAGGACUACGCGAGAAAUACUGGCGAGACUUCAAUCUUUGGAGGAAGAAAUCCAAGGAAUGAAAAAUAAAGGGGGAGUUCAAAAAGAGGAUGACUUGGAAACAUAUUUAGACCAAGCUUUUGAGGGGAAUGACAAUGUGGAUGCUAGUUUUCGGAUGCUAAGCCCGAUGAGCCAACAAUUCGGUAGUGAACGGAAAUCAAGUCGAAUAAACGAGGAUGAUGAAUUGGAUAAUCAACCAAAGUUGGAUUGUAGAAAACAAAAACAAAUCGUGAAGAAGAGGAAGAAGAAAAAGAAGGUUGUUGAUAGCGACAUUGUGGAUGCGAAAAAUCAUAUACCCGAGCCUCCUAUUCAAAGACCAAGUCGUCCGGCUAGGAAGUUGAAUUGGGAGGGAGUUUGCGAUGUUUUCAUUGUUGACGAGGACGAGGCGCAUCAACCCAAAAGAAAGAUGAUUGCCUCAGAUGUGGAGUGCUCUACUCCAAAUUAUUUUUCAUAUAUUACUAGUUUGAAGGUCGAAUCGUCUGAAGUCCCUUCGUCUGUACGUUUCAACUUUAGAAAAAAUGGGGCAUCUUCGUCUGAUCUAUCCUGUGAAAACAACCAUUCUACCCAGUCCACUGAACGAACUCAUACGGUGGGAAUUAACAAAAGGACUACGCGAGAAAUACUGGCGAGACUUCAAUCUUUGGAGGAAGAAAUCCAAGGAAUGAAAAAUAAAGGGGGAGUUCAAAAAGAGGAUGACUUGGAAACAUAUUUAGACCAAGCUUUUGAGGGGAAUGACAAUGUGGAUGCUAGUUUUCGGAUGCUAAGCCCGAUGAGCCAACAAUUCGGUAGUGAACGGAAAUCAAGUCGAGUAAACGAGGAUGAUGAAUUGGAUAAUCAACCAAAGUUGGAUUGUAGAAAACAAAAACAAAUCGUGAAGAAGAAGAAGAAGAAAAAGAAGGUUGUUGAUAGCGACAUUGUGGAUGCGAAUAAUCAUAUACCCGAGCCUCCUAUUCAAAGACCAAGUCGUCCGGCUAGGAAGUUGAAUUGGGAGGGAGAUUGCGAUGUUUUCAAUGUUGACGAGGACGAGGCGCAUCAACCCAAAAGAAAGAUGAUUGUCUCAGAUGUGGAGUGCUCUACGCCAAAUUAUUUUUCAUAUAUUACUAGUUUGAAGGUCGAAUCGUCUGAAGUCCCUUCGUCUGUACGUUUCAACUUUAGAAAAAAUGGGAAUGGUAAUGUGGAUGCUAGUUUUCGGAUGCCAAGCCCGAUGAGCCAACAAUUCGGUAGUGAACGGAAAUCAAGUCGAGUAAACGAGGAUGAUGAAUUGGAUAAUCAACCAAAGUUGGAUUGUAGAAAACAAAAACAAAUCGUGAAGAAGAAGAAGAAGAAAAAGAAGGUUGUUGAUAGCGACAUUGUGGAUGCGAAUAAUCAUAUACCCGAGCCUCCUAUUCAAAGACCAAGUCGUCCGGCUAGUUUAUUGAAACCUUCACAAUAUUUAAGCUCUCCAUACAUUUCGUUAUGGAUGGACACGUUGUCGUUGAGUUUGUACGACAACUUGCGAUCUUUUGGCACCGUGAACAUUAUUGAUUUUGUGCGAUUUGAAGAGCUUAUGGAUCACAUGCUACUGGACAUUGGCUACUGGAACCACAUGGAUUUGACCGUUCAGAAAGCAUCCAUUACUGUUACGAAUGUGCCCUAA